CUCUGAUAGGGUUUUAUAGUAUCGCAGGAAUAUGUUUUUUCCAUUACUUCCGCCUGUCAGUAUAACGUAUCUUUUGGGAAAAAGGUGUCAAGUGUAUUUUUCGCAUGACCGUAGUUUCCAUUUGUGUCUAUCAGAAGCGAACAGACCAAAAAAAUCCGAGGUGGUUGGGAAAGAUUCGUAAAUGGUGGAUUGUCGCCGUUUCAGAGUCUCUCGAAUUGUAUUAAGCGUAUAUCGUAAUUUAGCAAUCAGAGCGCAGGUGUGUGUUUCAGAAGGCUGAUGGGAGUUCCCGAUGGAAAUGUACGGGAAACUUGAUAGCCAUUACCUCUCAAAGUCCGAUAUCUCAUAUUGAAGCAGGGUAUUCGUGUUUCCCAUGUUCUAAUGUUACUAGUUAGUAUUCUCGUUGCGGCCGUAUAGCUAGGAUAGACUUUUUGAAUUAAAUAACAGGACUUCGUAAAUUCAAAAAAUUAUUAUAUUUUUAUUUACUACGUCACGUGCAAUAUCUACUUGACAGAAGGAGAAAAAGAAGAAAAUUAACUUUGACGUUAAUAAUAAAUUAUGAUGCAGAUUUGCUGGGUCAAAAAAACAUGUUUUCUUUAUAAAAACAAAAAUGUUAGCCCAGCCAGUGUCCCAAUGCGCAAUGUCGGACGGGUACACUCGAGCCUGAAAAUUCUGAAAUUACAAAAUCCCGCGGCUCGAUUAUUCCGGUCCAUGAGGUCACCAUAAACAGCCAUAAAGUCGCGGGAGUCUGUUCGCCUAAGAUAAGCUGGUAUAACCGAAGGAAAUCGAAAAGUGCAGCGAUUCGUAAAACAGAGCUACAACAAAGCUGCACGUAUACGUGUUCUGCUCGCGGAUACAAGCUUCUGCGCAGGCACGUAUCUCAAAACCUAUAAAAGGAACGCCAUGAUCGUGAGACUUGUCAGUCAAUAUGUGAAAUCCCUAGAAAAUGCAUUUUUCUAAUAUAAACUUUGAUUGUAUACGCCUUAUAUUUCGCCGUUAUUGAGAGACUUGGUACCGCGGCCAUUUCGGAGAACGUAUUUAAAGGGCGUAUAAUUCGCUGCUAAAAACAUAAUGAAGCCAAUCUGGCGAUAAUAUUGAGGUCGUAGUUAAAAUAUAAUUAGUUUGAAGUUAUCUCGAGCUCAUAGGCCAUCUGUGGUAAUAUGAUCGCUGGAAUAAUGAGUUUUGAAAAUCUGAGAAAUUCCCGCGCGGUUCUCGUGACUGUGGUUUACCUCAGUCUCCUUUUGGAUAACAUUCUUCUUACGGUGGUUGUACCUAUUAUACCGGAUUAUCUAUGCACUUUGGAAGGAAAUUCAACAAUAGACGGCGAACCCGACGAAAGUGGCCGAGUGGGAUUACUCCUAAGUUCAAAAGCAUUUAUUCAACUUCUAUUGAAUCCAGCUGUAGGAACUCUUACGGGUACUUUGGGUUAUGCCAAACCCUUAUUUCUCGGUACACUCAGCCUCAUGUUAGCGGCAUUGCUCUUUGCCUUUGGACAAACGUACGAGGUCCUUUUCCUAGCAAGAAGUGUCCAAGGUGUUUCUUCAGCAUGCAUAGGCGUAUCCGGCAUGUCCUUAGUAGCUUCUCAAUACCCCGAAGAAGACAAAAGAUCGAAGGUCAUGGGUUUCGUUCUAGGAAGUAUAGCCCUAGGUGUUCUUCUAGGGUAUCCCAUGGGUUCAGUCCUUUACGAUUUGGAAGGAAAGAUGGCACCCUUCCUAUGGGUAUCCUGUUUCGUCUUAGUAUUGAUCUGCUUACAACUAUUGAGUCUGGAUUUUCAUCCGAAAAUCGAAGAUAUUUACUUUCAGCAAAUGGAGGAUGACACCGGCUGGACCCAUUUACUAUCUAACACAAAUAUCCUCAUAAUAUCCGGAGCAAUAUGGUGCUCGACUUCCCCAAUGGCCAUUUUGGAACCAUGUUUACCAAUCUGGCUAAGGACUCACAUAAGGCCAAAAAAAUGGCAACUGGGUACUGCCUUCAUUCCGGAUAGCCUUGGAUAUCUCGUGGGUACAAAUUUCUUUGGCGUUAUUGCCUAUCGUUAUGGACGUUGCAAAACUGCCGUCUUGGCUAUGAUCCUCGUUGGAUUUAGUGCGAUUUUGAUACCGUCUGCUACAACAAUGUCACAGCUGGUCAUUCCGCAUCUGGGCAUGGGUUUGGGUAUAGGAGUGGCUGAUGCUGCUCUGGUACCAUUGCUGGCAAGUUUAGUCGAUCAAAACGUCAACUAUGGUCCCGUUUAUUCCAUUCAACAGGUGGCCGUCAGCUUGGCCUACUCUUUGGGACCCAUCAUGGGUAGUGAGCUGGUUCCUGCCAUUGGAUUUCCGUGGGUCAUGAGAAUCGUUGGAUUUUCAACUAUAGCAUACUGUCCCUUUUUAAUUUACUUGGCACUAGAGAAAAAGAAGCCAUUAGUCGAGGAUGACAAGAAACACUACAGUUCGUUUCAGCCACCAUCUGCAAACUACGAACGUUUCUACGACUCGGACGAUGGACUUUGAAAAAGUCAAAAACCACAUAUCCAAUAAAUAUCACUAUAUUCCGCAAAAAAAAUGUAUCCCAAAAAGAAUUCUUUUAUCAUAAUCAUAUACAUGUCAUAAAUUCUAAAGCGAACGCUUGGAAUAAUACAAAUCAUCAAAUAGCCAAUGAUCGUACAAAAAAAAAACCGU